GCGGUUCUGACGGACGCUACGUCAAACAGUAAACAGAGGAAUUUCGGAUCUUUCAUGGAAAUCCGGAUGGUUCGGACUUUCUUCGUGUAGUCGGAAGUCACGAAUUCAAAAUGUGAAAUUCCAGAGUGGGGGAUCCGCUCACCGUGAGCAUGACUUCAUCUCACCGAUAUCCCGAAUCGCAGUGGAUGUCCGGCCUGGAACGAGCAACAGGCAGUUCUUCGUCUACCGAAGCCUGGGAGGACAAAGUUGACGCCCAAGGCAGACUUUUCUAUGUCGAGACUUCGCUCGAACCGAAUUGGGAAGAAAUCAGAGUCAGUCUCCCGGUUGACCAUAGGCGCGGGAACCUCGGAAGGAAAGCCGGAUUGUCCGAGAAGCUGCUUGGAAUCAAAGUCGGGCGGGGAGGAGUGAUCGAAGCAAACGUCGGAGUCGAAGAUUUGGUUCAAGAAGGAGAUAUCGUGCACCGAGUCGAUGGAAUCCCAGUGCAGGACCGCGCCGGCGUGGAAAUGACCCUCUCAGGAAUCGGACCGAACGCACAAUCAGUCAACCUGCAUCUGCUCCGAAAAUCUCAGAAAGUCGAGGAGAUAGAGACAACCCUACCGAAGAAACCGGUAGCUUUCUCCCACCAACUGCUUUACUUCGACCCCGCAGCGCGAGAAGUCUACAAAUUCCCCGGAACCCCCGUUCCUCUUAGCGGGGCGUUCCCGACACUUCACGACGCCCUGAACAACUCUUUCAACUCGGGAGCGGCUUCCACCUCGAUUACUUUCAAUGGAAAUCUGCAUUCAGUCAGUUACGCGCAACUCAAAAGCGGACUCCUCUGCGUCGCGAUCAGCCACGACAUCGUGCCAAUUUACUACAUCAGUCCGCUGAUCGAUCAGCUGCGUAAAACUGUUGAAUGGGAAUUCGGGGAAGAGUUCGACGCCUGUAUCGAGAACGACGUGGAAAGGGUGUCUGCGUUUUUCAACCGAUUCUUCCACAGCAUCAUGAGCGAACCGAUCGAAAGUCGAUCUCUCCCGUGGCCUCGUUUAUCCCUGAUCUCCGAUACGAACCGGAGCAAAUUGGACACCGUUCUGUAUCGGUACGAGGCAUGCGAACUAGAAGACGGGGCAUUUUUACGAACACAUCACAUAAUCGGAAGUGCGGUCUUCGUGAAAGGGAGCGUUAUUUGUUCGCACUUGACCAGAGAUCAUUUGCAACUUUCGUUCCUCAUGACGCGGCAAGAACGGGUUUUCAACUCGGAGAUUUCAAGAGUCAUAGCCUGGCGACCUGUUUUUAUUUCAAAGUCAUCUCUGAAUUUCCUCCUUGCGGUUUCGAGAGGCGACUACUGUCUCGUCACGCUGCUUGAGGUCAAUGCUUUCUGCACCAAUGACGGAUCUGUAGGACCGGAUCCCUUCGUCGUAGAUUGGGCGGAGGAGAAUCUCACAAUGUUGAAGAACGUCCUCGCCUCGGUCCCGAUCAACGUUCUGAAGGACUUCCUCGUUUUGGAUGAGCGCAGGGGAUUUUACGUAGCCGAGAGCUAUGACGCGGAGUUGUGGACCGUACUUAGGAAGCGACGAGGGGUGUGCUCGAUGCUCAAGUCGGCUUCGGGCUAUCUAUGCUGCCAAACUAUAAAUAAUAUCACACUUGUAAAUCGUCAGGCGAAACCGCUCAACACCAUAGAACAUGCGCUCGAGGUUGUGAGCGGUAUUGACUUUUGA